GCCCACCUGGGCCUCCGGGCUAGGUUGAGUGGGGCUCUUGGGUUAGUUCCUGUUAGGCCCCGGCCCAGGGAGUAGGUGAAGUCUAUAAGAUGCCCGGUGGGUCAGGGCACUCGGAGCUGUGAGGGAACGUCAGGCGGCGGACAGCGGAGACCCGCGGCGGGCCUUAGGAGGAGUGGCGGCCGAGCCCGCCUUCCCUGCACCAUGCUCAUAGAGGAUGUGGAUGCCCUCAAGUCCUGGCUGGCCAAGUUACUGGAGCCUAUAUGUGAUGCUGACCCUUCAGCCCUAGCCAACUAUGUUGUAGCACUGGUCAAGAAGGACAAACCUGAGAAGGAAUUGAAAGCCUUUUGUGCUGACCAACUUGAUGUCUUUUUACAAAAAGAGACUUCAGGUUUUGUGGACAAACUAUUUGAAAGUCUUUAUACUAAAAACUACCUUCCACCAUUGGAACCGGUUAAACCUGAGCCAAAGCCACUAGUCCAAGAAAAAGAAGAAAUUAAAGAAGAGGUAUUUCAAGAGCCAGCAGAAGAAGAACGAGAUGCUAGAAAGAAGAAAUAUCCUAGUCCCCAGAAGAGUCGUUCAGAAUCUAGUGAACGAAGGACACGUGAGAAGAAAAGAGAAGAUGGCAAGUGGAGAGACUAUGAGCGGUACUACGAGCGGAAUGAGCUGUACCGGGAGAAGUAUGACUGGAGAAGGGGCAGGAGCAAGAGCAGGAGUAAGAGCCGAGGCUUGAGUCGGAGUAGAAGCCGAAGCAGGGGCCGCAGCAAAGACCGAGAUCCAAACAGGAAUGUUGAGCACAGGGAAAGAUCAAAGUUUAAGAGUGAAAGAAAUGACCUGGAGAGCUCUUAUGUGCCCGUGUCUGCUCCGCCUCCAAGCUCUUCUGAGCAGUACUCCUCUGGGGCACAGUCUAUUCCCAGCACUGUCACUGUGAUUGCACCUGCGCACCAUUCUGAGAACACAACUGAGAGCUGGUCUAAUUACUAUAACAAUCAUAGCUCUUCCAAUUCUUUUGGUCGAAACCCACCACCAAAGAGGCGCUGCAGAGAUUAUGAUGAAAGAGGAUUUUGUGUACUUGGUGACCUUUGUCAGUUUGAUCAUGGAAAUGAUCCUCUAGUUGUUGAUGAAGUUGCUCUGCCAAGUAUGAUUCCUUUCCCACCCCCUCCUCCUGGGCUUCCUCCUCCACCACCUCCCGGAAUGUUAAUGCCUCCAAUGCCAGGCCCAGGCCCAGGCCCUGGUCCUGGCCCUGGCCCUGGUCCCGGCCCAGGCCCAGGCCCUGGCCAUAGUAUGAGACUUCCUGUUCCUCAAGGACAUGGUCAGCCUCCACCUUCUGUUGUGCUUCCCAUACCAAGACCUCCCAUUUCACAGUCAAGCUUAAUAAAUAGCCGUGACCAGCCUGGGACAAGUGCAGUGCCCAAUCUUGCAGCAGUGGGAGCAAGACUACCUCCUCCUUUACCCCAGAACCUCCUUUAUACAGUAUCAGAAAGACAGCCCAUGUAUUCUCGUGAACAUGGUGCUGCUGCAUCUGAGCGACUUCAGUUGGGGACACCGCCUCCUCUGUUGGCAGCUCGUUUGGUGCCACCUCGAAACCUCAUGGGAUCCUCCAUUGGGUAUCAUACCUCAGUCUCCAGCCCCACCCCUCUGGUCCCAGAUACAUAUGAACCAGAUGGUUAUAAUCCUGAAGCACCUAGUAUCACCAGUUCUGGUAGAUCACAGUACAGACAGUUCUUUUCCAGAGCACAGACACAGCGUCCCAACCUGAUUGGCCUCACAUCUGGAGAUAUGGAUGCAAACCCAAGAGCUGCUAAUAUUGUCAUCCAGACUGAACCACCAGUUCCUGUUUCAAUUAAUAGCAACAUCACCAGAGUAGUCCUGGAACCAGAGAGCCGAAAGAGAGCUAUUAGUGGUUUGGAAGGGCCACUUACAAAGAAACCUUGGCUGGGAAAACAAGGGAACAACAAUCAAAGUAAACCAGGCUUCUUGAGGAAGAAUCAGUAUACAAACACCAAAUUAGAAGUGAAAAAAAUCCCCCAGGAAUUGAACAACAUUACCAAGCUCAAUGAACACUUCAGCAAAUUUGGAACCAUAGUUAAUAUCCAGGUUGCUUUUAAGGGUGAUCCAGAAGCAGCACUCAUCCAAUACCUUACCAAUGAGGAGGCCAGGAAAGCCAUUUCUAGCACAGAAGCAGUUUUGAACAAUCGGUUCAUUCGAGUCCUAUGGCAUAGAGAGAACAAUGAGCAGCCAGCACUCCAGUCCCCAGCACAGAUUCUCCUGCAGCAGCAACACACCCUGAGUCACCUUUCACAGCAGCACCAUAGCCUACCACAGCAUCUUCAUCAGCAGCAGGUGAUGGUAACCCAGUCUUCCCCCUCAUCAGUUCAUGGAGGUAUCCAAAAGAUGAUGGGCAAACCACAGACCUCUGGUGCCUAUGUUCUUAACAAAGUUCCUGUUAAACACCGUCUUGGACAUGCAAGUACUAACCAGAGCGACACUUCUCACUUGCUAAAUCAGACUGGUGGUUCUUCUGGGGAGGAUUGCCCGGUAUUUUCUACUCCAGGCCAUCCAAAAACAAUUUACAGCUCCUCAAACUUAAAGGCACCUUCAAAACUUUGUUCAGGGUCUAAAUCUCACGAUGUUCAAGAAGUUCUUAAGAAGAAACAGGAAGCAAUGAAGUUACAGCAAGACAUGAGGAAAAAGAAACAAGAAAUGUUGGAAAAGCAGAUAGAAUGUCAGAAGAUGCUGAUCUCUAAACUAGAAAAAAACAAAAACAUGAAACCAGAAGAAAGAGCAAAUAUAAUGAAGACCUUGAAAGAACUGGGAGAGAAGAUCUCACAAUUGAAAGAUGAAUUAAAAACAUCUUCUACAGUCUCCACACCGUCCAAAGUAAAGACAAAAACAGAGGCCCAGAAGGAGUUGUUGGACACAGAGCUGGACCUCCACAAGAGGCUCUCUUCAGGGGAAGAUACAACUGAAUUACGCAAAAAGCUCAGUCAGUUGCAAGUCGAGGCUGCAAGAUUAGGUAUUUUACCUGUUGGACGAGGAAAGACCAUGUCCUCUCAAGGCCGAGGAAGAGGCCGGGGUCGAGGAAGAGGCCGGGGCUCACUGAAUCACAUGGUGGUAGACCACCGCCCCAAAGCACUCCCAGUUGGAGGAUUCAUUGAGGAGGAAAAGGAUGAGUUGCUUCAGCAUUUCUCAGCUACAAACCAAGCAUCAAAAUUCAAAGACCGUCGGCUACAGAUAUCAUGGCACAAGCCCAAGGUACCGUCUAUAUCUACUGAGACUGAGGAAGAAGAAGUCAAAGAAGAGGAAACAGAAACCUCAGAUUUGUUUUUGCAUGAUGAUGAUGAUGAAGAUGAAGAUGAAUAUGAGUCUCGUUCGUGGCGAAGAUGAAAUUUGAUGCGAGUUGUGUAAUUUUUAGAAAUAUUGUUUAGAACAACAACUUUUUAGAAUUAUUUAAAGAAGUCAAUGAGCCAAAAAUUUUUUUUCUCUUCAACACAGUAGGUUUAAGGACAGCAAGUUGCUAUUCAAACACAUCUCAUAAUUGUCUAUGAUAUCAAAUCACCAAAGGCCGUGACUUUACACAGUUGUGAAGAUCCACAGGAGUGACUGGAUUCUCUAGAACCUUACCUUCCACACCAUCUGUUCCUGCUCUUGGUGCUGGAUUACAAUGUAAAGACAGGGUGUUCAGAAAUUUUAUUUUGGAUUAUAAAUCUGCUGAUAAAAAUUUCAUUAAAUGUCAAAAUCGCCUGGAAUCUCUUAACUCUUAGCUAUUAUGGAUGGGUCGUCAGUCAGUUGGAGAUACUUGUAAUUUAAAUACCUUUUCCUUUCUUGGAGGGUCUUGGAAGAAAAGUAAAUUUAUUUUAUUUUAUUAUUUUUUUUUUUAACCAUGGAAGAGCCCGCUUUAUAGUCAGUCAUUUUCAGAGUUUUUGUGUGGCAAAGCUUCAGCAAAACCACCGUCUCUGUUCACAGGAGCUGCGAGCACGGAAGCCGGCUCUGCCGGACCCUCUCCUCGCACCUGCUCUGGGGCUUUGCCACUCGUCUGCCGUGUUUGGAUAUGUGCUGAGCAUCGCUUCAGUUGUCCCACCCCCUUUAAAAAUAAACCUCAUUUUGCCUUUUGCCCUUUUGGUCAUUCCCUUGUAUCUUUCUCAUCCCUUUUAAUUAAUAAGCCUGACGUUUUGAAAUAAGUGAUUCAGUUGGGCAAUCAAGAAUUAGUCAUCAGUAAAAGGUUUAAACCAGCACCUUUAUAAAUAAGGGAUGCUUUGAUGGAAAUAAAGGCAGAAUUUUAGGGGACAGAGUUACUGGCUUCCCUCCCCUUUUAAAUCUCCAGCAUAGUUACAGUUACACAAAAGGGUUAACGGUAUCUGAAGUUCUCUUCCUACAUUGUAAUGAGGAUGGUGAGGUGCUGAGGUGGGGAUCAGGAGUCUGGAUAAGCUAGUCAUAAAUGAGAUUCUAACUUGAUAUUGAUUAGAUGACCUUAUAUUUUCAUAAUUUUAUAGAUUUUGCUGUCUAUGAACAUACACACACUUUAGUAGGCAGUUUCCUUUACUGUGUGCAUUUUUACUGUACACUGUACAGAGUGUCUGUUGAGUAAAAUAUAUAUGUAACUUUAUGUCCUUGUGUUCUGAAUGUUCAAUGGAGAAGCAGAGGAGCAGCACUACACUGUACUGACCCCUGGGGAGAUGAAAUGAUCCUGUACAUAGGAUGUCACUUUUUCAAGGAUACACAUCUGUGUUUUAUAAUAUGUGUGGUGUGAAAAUUUGAAACUUCCUGUUGGCUUCGAAGGUUCUUGGUGAUCACUAACUAUGUCAGGGUUUUGUUCCCUGAGGUAAGGACUGUUUCUUAAAAUAGAAACAGUUCACUUAGAAACCUAAAACCAUCAGGACUCUAGAUUUACGUAGUGACAAGGAGUUAGAUCCCACCUUCUGAUCAUCUUUUUCCUCUUCAUAUUGUCCUGGAAUGAUGUGUCAAACGCCAGGAUACUUUAAAAGUUCGUGUAGCUUUCCCUUUGUCGUGGGACUUCCUCUCCAGGCUAUUGUCGUGUUUCUGAUGGCACGGAGGCUAACCUAAGCCCAUACAGAAGGAACACAGUAGAACAGGGAGCCUUCCGUAGGCACCUUGCUCCUCACUUCUCCAUCAUCGCUGAUGAAAUUUUCUUGAUGUUUGUGGCUCAGUCAGUAUAUAUUUGGAAAGAUUCAUUGUGGUGAAUAUUUUGAUCCUGACCAUUUAAACGUGAUAGAGGGAACAAAGGAUUUAUAUAUUUUUUGUACAAAGUUUUUUCUUAAACUGUAUAAUUUUGUAAAUAAUUUGUUUGGGUUUUUUUCUUUUGUGUACUAAAACUACCAGCGUAUAGAUUUCAAUAAGAAUUGUUGUAUUUUUGUAUUUGGAGACUGAAAAUGACAGUAAAUUAGUGAAGCUGUAAGAAGUCUCAGUAGACUGACAGGUGAGCAGAAUGAGAUUCCUUUUCAUAUGAUUUUUUUAACCUUCAGAUUGACACCUUUAUGCACUCACUAUAGAGAGAGUUGAGGAUUUAUUUGGCUUUUUAGUUUUGGGGGCAGAGGAUGAACAAGAGAACGGUGCUAAUGUGAGAGAGAGAGAGAGAGAUCAUUUUUUAUUAAGGUUUUGGGUCCUUCCGUAUUCCUUAAAAAUAACUAAAAUUCUUUUCCAAUGUGUUUAACUCAAGAAUGAAUUAAAAAUAGGGAUUAAUUAUACUGUUAUAAAACUUAAGGUUAGCAUAAAAUAGCCGAAUAUGUGUAUGUGUGUAUAUAUGUCCCCCUUUCUCCCCAUCUGCCAAUCCCCAACUGUUAGAAUUUCUCUUAAAAGUGAACUCCACACCAUGACUUGUUUUCUUGGCAUUUUUAUUUAUAGAGAUAACAUUUAGCAUUUGAGACAAAUUCUGCUGUCCUAGUAUGUAAACUCUCUGUAGCAGAUCAGCAGUGAGCUGCCAGUGUGACCAGUCAGUAAGAGUUUCUAGAUUUCUGCCCAAGUCUAAAAAGGUUAUCCCAAGGAAUGCGGAAUUUUUCUCAAUUUCUUCUUGGAGCAUUGGGAAAAUGUCAUCACCAGCUGAGAUAGUGGAAAACAGUCCUUUUACUGUGAAAAAGAUCCCAUGGCGAUGGAUCAUUAUUUCACAAAGAAAAAAAAAUCAUGUGAAAAGGAAGGAUGUUUCCUCUUGAUGUAUAGUAUGCCUGUAUUAUAGUUUUUACAAGAUUGUGAACUUGUGUAAUAGUAUAUAGGAGAUAUUGUUGGAUUUCUAACUGUUUAUACAUUUAAAUUCAUAUAUGUAAUGUUUGUUUUAUCGAUUACAAUCUGAAUUUCUAAGAAGCAUGUUGACUUUUGCAAUAAAGAUGCAAUAUGGAAUGGUUCACAAUUGGGGGGAAAAGAGAAAAAAAGAUGAAAAUAUUACAAAUUUAAAAGAAUCUGGAAAAUUUAUGAACCAUUCCAAAAAUUAUAACAAUCACUAAAA